AUGGUUCGAGGGACAGCGGAGCAUGGGUAUUCCUAUCUGCUCGGUUUUUCGUACAUGAUCGACGCUCUUAAUGUUGGCACUACCUAUUCCAUCAUGGUGAACAAGGUUACAGAGAACCAUAUUUAUCCUAUUACCUUUUGCGUCGUUGACAAGGAGAAUGAUGCAUCUUGGACGUUCUUCUUUGAGAAGCUGAAGUCUAUUGUGGUCGAUGGAUCAGAUUUGUGCUUUAUCUCAGAUAGGAACAAGAGCAUCGCUAACGGCAUCGCGAAGGCGUACAACCAUGCUCAUCACGGGUACUGCAUGAGGCACCUAGGUAAAAAUCUCUGGGUAAAUCACCACUGCGGAGAACACCUCUAUCUAUUCUAUAAUGCGGCAAAGGCAUAUUCUCCCGAGAAAUUUAGCGACCAUUUUGUGGAAUUCAAGAACUACUGUCCCGAGGCAGCCUUUUUUCUCAAGCAUGAGCUUGGUUUUGAGAAAUGGAGCAGGGCAUAUUUCCCCGCCGACAGGUUUGACGUGAUGACCACAACUAUUGCCGAGUCGGUGAAUGCUAUGUUGAUUGAUGAAAGGGAGUACCCCGUGGCAUCUAUAUUUAAUUCGAUUGCCAAGAGGUUUGGUAAAAUAUUCAGGGAGAGGCGUGCCUAUGUCCUCAAAUGUAAGAAUAACAAAUUUGUUCCUGCCGCUGAAAAGAUCUUAAGAGACAAUAUGAGCAAGGGCGACUCCUUCUAUGUGGAGAACAUAAGCGGGGACGAAAGGCGAUACACUGUGUUUAGAAGUGGCUAUACAGCCAAAGUCGACCUACUGGAAAGGUCGUGUUCUUGCAGGAAGUUUGACCUGGUCAAAAUACCAUACGAUCACGCGAUGGCCGUUUUGUGA